AUGGCAGAGUACGUGUACCAGCCUCUUCUAGAACGGCAAUUCCGACUGUUGGACAUCCUACCGGGCACCCAGGGUGUCAUUCGCUGUCAAGUUCGAAACGUGCCUGUCUCGACAGAAAUCCAGUACGAAGCUCUAUCUUACUGCUGGGGCCAGGAAACAGACAAAGUCAAAAUCCUAGUCAACGGCUUGCCCUUCGCUACGACGCGAAAUCUCCACGCAGCUCUGCUACGCCUCAGGUCUCCAGAUCGUCCGAGGACACUUUGGGUAGAUGCAAUAUGCAUCAACCAGGGCGACAUCCCCGAGAAGAACAAGCAGGUACCUCUGAUGCGCGACAUCUACAAGUCUUCCCGGCGCACCAUCAUAUGGCUAGGGGAGCACGAUCUCCACACCAGGUCUGCCUUCCAGGCCGUCGAGUUCAUGGCCUCCAACUACGGCGGCGAGAAAUUCAACUACUACAACUGGAAGCAGAUGGCGCGCGGCGAGCUGCCGGGCGAAGAGGACUCGCUGUGGAAGCGCAUGCGCAGUCCGCCGGAGCGACUGAGGUCCGCCGCCGCCUUCAACUCGCUCUUCUCGCGGCCGUGGUUCACGAGGGUGUGGGUUAUACAGGAGCUCGCCUUGAGUCCCUGCGCCACGGUCGUCUGCGGCUCCUUUCAGAUGGAUUGGGUUCUCAUCGAGGAGGCUUUCAAUAUGUCGAGGACCAACUUCGAGGUCCAGAAUCACUUGGGUACGAUGCUGCGCUUUCGGAACUGGCCUGAGGAUUCGACCGAUGAUAUAUUUGCUCGCAUGACUGUGGCUUGGCACAAGGAUUCUACGGACCCCAGGGAUAAGAUUUAUGCGUUCAUGGGCCUCGUUGCGGCAGAUAUCAGCCACGUAUUCACGCAGUUCACAAGAACGUAUCUUUCGCAGACCAGCAACCUGCAAGUCCUCGCCAUCUGCCGAGGCUGCAAGCCGACAGACCCGCCCGAUCUGCCUUCGUGGGCAAUCGACUACAAGUUCGACAGGAACGAGGAACCUCUGCCAGAUCAGCUGAUCAGCCGGACCUACGACGGCUGGAAGGGGUCCGGAGGCGGAUGGGACGCGGGCGGUACCAGUCUGCAUAAGACAGUUGCCACCUUCGACGGGAACCUCCUGUGUCUCCAAGGUUUCAAAUUCGACUCCAUCGCAAGCAACAGCAUGGCAAAUGCUCCCGCGCCAGCACGCGUUGCGGCGAGUAACCUGGCAAACCUGGUAGGCGCCUGGAUGAGCGGUGUCACCUUCUGCCGCUUCUACAUGACCGCGAAAAAGAUGGCCGAGGAUGCCCACCCAGGCGGUGUCUAUACACCCACCAAGCAGACUGCGCUCGAGGCGCUCUGGAACAUCGUCUACGGAAACGACCCCCUGAACAAGUACGAGAACGCCCAGGCCGGGGCGAGGAAACAAUGCCAAGACUUCGACAGGAUACUGACCGAACAGACUGGCCAAACACCGCCACAGGGAUCCAAGGGGUUGGCUCAGCUCGCGAGAAUCCACCUUGCUCUGGUGGUCCUGCGCGGACUGCUGGGCGACACCCCGUAUCUGCAGUUCUUCGGCCGGAUCGGAACCACGAAGCAGCGGCGGUUCUUGGUCACGGAAAAGGGCUACAUGGGCCUCGGGCCACGGGAUUCCAGAGUCGGGGAUCACGUCCUCGUACUACAGGGCCAUCGGGCCCCUAUUGUGGCUAGACGCAGGGGCGACCGAUGGAGGACCGUGGGGGAGAGUUAUGUUCAUGGUAUCAUGGAGGGCGAGGCGUUUGAUCAAGGGAAAUGCGAAAUACUGAGGUUUGAAUAA